AUGUGGUUUCGGACGACUGCCGAGGUCCUGGGCGAGCUCCAAAGGAGAUUCUCGACUCUGUCUCCCGAGUCCACGGUGGAAGAUCGGGUUCCACAUAAAAAGAUGGCAGCUUGCGAGGUGAAGCUGGUGGCACUCAGCAGAGGCGCGGGCGAACUGGAGGGGCUAGGGCCGGAGGACAUCAUAGUGCACGCCGCGCGGGUUUCCAAUCCCCAGAACCAGAGGAACUACGAGAGCGGUGCCAAGCUGUUGCGUUAUUGCAUCAAGAAUCGUCACUGGUCGGUCUUCGAGACCGCCUCCAUGACGGUCGAGAUAACCACCAGCAGAGCCAUAGCAGAGCAGAUCCUGAGGCACAGGUCGGCUACUUUUCAGCAAUUCAGCACCAGGUAUGCAAAGGCCGAUGCGAACGUGGUGUACGAAGCCAGGAGCCAGGACCCCAAGAACAGGCAGUCGUCCGUGGACGACCUGCCGCCAGACGUGAAGGCCUGGUUCGUGGCGGAGCAGGAUAGGCUGUGGAAGGAUUCGUACGCCACAUAUUCGCAGGCAUUGGAGAAAGGCAUAGCAAAGGAGUGUGCACGUUUCGUCCUGCCCAUGUCCACGCAGACCAAGCUGUACAUGACCAUGAACGCGAGGGACUGGAUACAUUACGUGGACCUCAGGAGUAGCAACGGCUCACAGCGCGAGCACAAGGAGAUAGCAUCGAAGAUCAAGGACAUCAUGAAGGAGCAGUUCCCUAACAUAGCGCUCGCGAUGGACUGGCAUUGA